CGUUACUCAAUGUUUAUCUACAGUUUCAUUCAUAGUUGAAAUUAUUGUACAAAAUUAUAGGAAGUGUAGAUUAACAUCGGUGAUAGUUGUAUUUACUGGAGUGGAUUCCAGUUUAGCUGGGAGCGGAGAGGCUGCGGCCGCUGUACCGCUAUCUGCGCAAAUAAAUAAAAGAUGCACUGGCGAGAGGUACAUAGCGGGCCCUGCGACCGGCAUCUCAGUGCGACUCCAGACACCUGUCGAGAUGGUCAACUACAAGCGAGUGGUGUGCGAGCUGGCGUUGUUGGCGGCGGCGGUCGCGAUAGCGGCGUCCGCGCCGGUGCCUGAGUGCGCACAGAACCACUACGACCAAAGGCAAAACGGCUCCGAAAACUACCGCCUCAACAUCGACGGAGUUGUCAUCGCCGUCGCCCCCGCGGACUCCCUGCUCGCUGCGGCUUCCGAAAUCGAUAUUAGCGACCUCCUCGGCGAUCUUGAAGACUUCAAUGACAUCCAGAAACCUACUAAACCGUCUAUCAACACAAACAGCCCGGUUAAACCAGAAGACCCGAAACCAGAGGAGAAACCGCAAGAUCUGAAGCCGGAGGAGGCCAAGCCGUCGUUCGACCAGCCCGCUGCAGCGCCCUUGGCGGACGUCUCUUUGGACUCGGAAAAUAAACCGCUGAAAAAAGACGCGUCGACCAGGAAACACGAGAAAGCUCAGAAACUGAAAAACAGGCUGGCUCAUUUGUUGAUGCCUUUAUUGAGAAGAAACCGCCAUCAUUAAAUAAAAAGUGACCAUAUUGUGAAAAGACUAGAAUUUAAUUUUCCAUGUAACUAACUACGUAUUAAAGUAUACGGACAUGUUCCCAUAGGAAUGGCAAGCGAUCAUAACAUAAUAAAUAAAUUAAGAUCUAUACUUAUUUAUUAGUAAAUAAUUUGUGAACACGAGUGAUACGAUGCAUUUAUUAUUGUGUAAGUUUAGGUAUAAGCUGUGGGUUUAAGUAAACGUAAUUUUAAGUAUUGUGUAAUAUGAUUGUUUCGUUGAAAAUAAAUG